AAUUGGUAGAUAUAGUAAUGUUAAAAAAAAAAAGCAUACUUUUGUCAUUAAACAAUCAUGGUUUUAUUUGCACCUUUGCCUCAACUAUGAGCUUCAGUUUUGCCAUCUGUAAAAUCAGAGUGUUAUACCACAUGACCUCUAAAUUAUACAAAAUACUUCCUUCUACUUCUUUGUUUAUCGCUAUCAUAUACUUUUUAAAGGUAUUCUUUUUCCCCUUACAAAUUAGAUUUGCUGGGUUCAUGCCAAUGUGACAGAUUAUCUUCAAAUAUGAUAUAUAUUUAGUGAUAUACAAUUUUGAUUCAAUAAAAGUGGUACUUGAUGUAGAAGCAUCUUAAAAUAUGUAUGACUAUUCCAGCCAGGAAGAUCCAUCAAGGAGACUGAGAAGGAGCAAUCAGACAGGUAGGAGAAGAGGGGAGGGGAGAGAUGGAUUACAAAAAUCAAGAGAGGAGAGAGUACUCAGGAGAAGAGUGUAUCAGAGGCUGUUAAAAGAUCAUUUAGGAUGAAGAUUGAGAAUGCACUAUUAGAUUUGGAAGUUGAGAGUCCAAUUCUAAUUUUGGUAAAUAAUAGUUUCACUUUGAUGAAGCCAGAUUGUCAAAUCAAAUAAUGCGCACUCUGACACUGGAGCUUUUUACACAUAAUAAUGUUGAAUCAUUGUUUGGCAAAUUGAGCUACUUGACCUUUGAGGUCUCUUCUAAUUUUGUGUUUUUAAGUCUGUAAAUUACAGGGGACUUUAUCUGGGAAUAGAAGUUAUUGAUUAUUUUGACUUGUUGCCUUAGUUUUUAUUACCAAUUUCUGUUUAAUAUCUUAACAUAUACCUUAUACUGAUCCCAGAGGAAUUAUCCUAUGGCCUGCUUAUGUCUUCUUAAUGAAUACACAAUACAUAUAUUCAUACACAUAGUUUUAUAGGUUACAACUGGCCACAAUGCACAGAUUGGUUUUUAGAGAAGAGUUACUGGAUGACUACCAUAGAGUAGUUAAUAUUAUGUCCAAGAAACCACCACUGCUAGACAGACCUGGUGAAGGAAGCUACAGUAGAUAUGGUUACAGUCAUGUUGAUUACCGAGAAUAUUCCGAGGGCCGCAGUUUUUCUCAUGAUCGAAGAAGUGGUCCAUCCCAAAGAGGCGAUGAAUCCAGCUAUCGAUGGACAAGGGAUGAUCAUCCCAUAAGUAGACAGCCUGAUUAUAGGACUCAAGGCAGGUACAUGGGGUAUCAAGAGCCUCUCUGGUCCAUCCUACCUUCUACAAAAGAGUUCAAUAAAGUCCUAAGGGACACUAGAGAUGGCUUUAGAAGAAAGGGUUUCUACUCUUCCCAUUACAUGAGGGAACGAUCUCCUCACAAAAGGGACAAUCCAUUCUUCCGGGAAUCUCCUGUCAAUCGAAAAGAUUCUCCACACAGCAGAUCUGGCUCCAGUGUCAGCAGCAGAAGUUAUUCUCCAGAAAGGAGUAAAGCAUAUUCUUUCCACCAGUCACAGCAUAGAAAGUCCGUGCGUGCUGGUGCCUGCUACAAACAGCAAAAUGAAGGAGAGCCAGGAAGAGGUAAAGAGAGACCUUCUGCCCAGUCUUUGAAAACAUCAAGAGAUACUUCUCCUUCCAGUUCCACAGCAGCUCCCUCAUCAAAGGUGUCAGAUAAACCUAGCAGGCUAACUGAAAAGGAACUUGCAGAGGCUGCAAACAAGUGGGCUGCAGAAAAAUUAGAGAAGACUGAUGAGAAUAACUUACCAGAAAUUUCUGAUUAUGAUGCUGGAUCUUCAGCACCAUUGUACAAUGACCAACCAGAAGAGCCUGAGACAAAUGCUACAGAUAGUAUUGAACUUUUUGAAGACAACCAAGUAACCAGUCGCUCAAAAGCAAUAGCAUCAAAGACCAAAGAAAUUGAACAGGUUUAUCGACAAGACUGUGAAACUUUUGGGAUGGUUGUGAAAAUGCUGAUUGAUAAAGAUCCUUCAUUAGAAAAGUCUGUGCAGUUUGCUUUGAGACAGAAUUUACAUGAAAUAGGUGAGCGAUGCAUUGAAGAACUGAAGCAUUUCAUUACAGAGUAUGAUGCUGCCAAUCAAGAAUUUGGGGAGUCUUUCUGAGAUUUCAUGCUGAGGCAAAAGAUAAUGUAUUCUUUUGUUGUUGGGGUUUUUUUUUUUCUGGAUUAUAUAAAUCCUUAAUAUAUGGAAUAAUUUUGUGGGUAGUUAGGGGGAUAUUUUAGUAUAGUUAACUACACAUUUAGAUAUCUUUAUCAUCAUUAUAUUGAAAGAAUAUCUAAAAAUCUUUUUAUUAGCACUCUGCAAAGAUUCUUGAUCCAUAACUAAGCAUAAGCUUUUUCUGUAGGAUAAAGAGUGUCAAUUCUUUUUUCCAGUAUGCCUCUUUGCAAAAUGAGGUUUAGUUUUCUACAAUUGUGUGUCUUCAGUCUCACACACUAUUCAAUCAUAUACUUUGUCAUGAAAAUUUAAAGUUUUACCAAUUAGAAAUUGCUUUGAAAUCAUUUUUCCAAGUCAUUGAAAACCCCUUGAUUUUAGUUAUCUAGCAAUUCCACAUAACCUGUAUUUCAAAAUUCCAACUCAAAAGUUCUUUGACUUUGAUAACAUGGUUUUUUGCUUCACUUGUUUCUUAAGCCUUAAAACUUUUAAAUAUUCUAAUGAUCUACUUUCUCCAUUAGUUCUGACUACUUGAAGUUAUCCCAGUUUAAAUAUACUAUUGAUUAUUUAUUAAAAAUCCUAAAGCUGUUAACUUCUAGAACAAGAAUAUAGGAAUUUCAAUAUUAAUGUUAAUUUAAAAUCAUCUAUAUUCUUCUGAAUCUCAAAUACUUAUACUGAAAUAUGAGUAUUAUAAGAUCACAUCUAUGUCAGAUGAAAGGGAAAUUUUGUGAAUUUAAAGGUGAGUGACAGAGGCUGAGAUUUUCCACAAAUUUUAGAGACCUAGAAAAAAAAAUCUUUAUCAACAUGAGAAACAAUAGGUUUUUUUCCCCCCAUAGAUCUUUAUUUCAGAAUUCAUCAACUGUCUUUUGCUCCAUGGAUCAUUGGGACAUUAAUAGGUUGUAAGUGAUUUCAGCCUAAAGCUUUGUUUAUUUAGUGCUCUUUAUUAAGGACUCCCAGGACCAUGAAUAUUCUACCAAUUUUUGACAUUAAGCAUGACAAAUUUAUUUUUACUUUUUGUGGCAUUAAUAAGUCACAAAGUUUGAAAUCAUGUUAUUAUUACUGCCCACUUUUUUCUUAUCUUUCCAGUGUCUCUUCUCUAAACUAAAUUCUGCCAUUUUUAGUGGCUUAUUUUGAUAAUGUUUUGAAGGCUCCAAACAGUAGAGACCAAAAUUAUGUUAAAUGUUCAUUUCCAGCUAGCCAUUUAUUUAAAAAUCAUGCUAGAGUGGAAAUAAAUAAGGAAACAGUGUAAGUGGUACCAGAUAUAAUGAGUACCACACAUGAAAAUUGAAAGAGUAAGAGAAAAAUUUAAUUUUAAAUCAAUCCCAAGCUCAGCCUUGCCAAAUGAGGCCACUUUGAGUCAUAGUUUUGAUACUUCCUAUGUUAGUACACAAUAUUUGAAGUAUAAACUAGAAGUAAUCCUUAUCCAUCAUUUAUGAUAUUCUUCUCCAGUGUGUGAGACUAUUUUAUUAGCUACCUAGCCUAGAAAAAAACCUAAGGCAAUAGUUUUAUUACUCACUUCUCCAUUUCCCUUUUUCUUUAAUUUUAUUAAGUAAUAUCACUUAAAUAAAAAGUGAAAAAAUAUAGGAGAGAUACCAAAGAGAAUGAACAAAUGUUUUUUUGUUGUUGUUGAACUUCAUUCAAAAUAGUUUUACUAAGUUAUCAUCUCAUUGCAGAUAUUUAUUUUAAAGUCUACUGGUUAAUCAGUUUAAUAUAAUUUUGUUCUUCUUCCCCUUAAAACAUAGUAUUCAGUAGCUAAAGGUUUUUAACAGUUAGCCAUCAAUAAUAUUUUUGUAGGGAUAUCUGUUAAUUAUGGGGGGGAAAGUAGACUUUAAAGGGAAACUUUGCAGCAUGCAAAUUGAAAUGGGAACUAUAAUAGUUUAUGUUUUAAGUUCUCCUUGUUAAGAUGUUUUUAUUAGAGAGUUAUCCAUUAUUCUCUGCAGAAUAUCCCCAGGUAAUGUGCUAUACUUUUAGUAUGUCUUCUUAAAGCUUUGCUGUGCAUGUGAUUGAAGUUCAAAGGGAAAAUGGAGUUUUGUGAAGCCACCUUGUGUAAACUCUUAAAAACAAAAUAAAACAACCAGUUUAAAA